AUGGCAAAAAGAGAAGACAGAACAUCAGAAUUGCCUGUGCAUAUUAUUCAUCACAUCUUAUGCCGCACCAACCUCGAAGUGAAAGAGGCGGCAGCAACUUAUAUGUUGUCCAAGAGAUGGUACUAUUGCUGGACUUCAAGACCUAAUUUGAUACUCCAUCAAUUUCAAGGCAACACAUAUAUGCCCCUGGAAAAGUUUGUCAAGUUGGUUGAUCAAUCCCUACGAUUCCAUGUUGAACACAACUUACAUCUAGAGAAAUUAAAACUUACAUAUAGUGAUCGAGAUUUGGAUUCUAAAGUGGAUCAUUGGAUUGAACUGGGGGUUAAACUUAACGUCACCGUGCUGGUGAUUUACCCUUCCUUUUUAAGUAAAUCAUACAGCUUACCUAAUGUUAUUUAUGAUGCUAAAAAGCUGAAAACAUUGUGGUUAAGUAGGUGCAAGUUUGAAUUUGAUAUUAGCACCACUCACAUAAGAUUUUGUUGUCUUGAGGAUCUUUAUUUGUAUUAUGUUCAUAUUUCUGAUGCUCAAUUGCAAAGAGUUAUCGAUAGAUGCCCAUUCAUCAAGACUCUAGAUCUAGUCUCUUGCCAGGGAAUAAGCAAAUUGCAUGUUUUUGGCCUAGUUUAUCUCAAGAAUUUGACAGUAGUAUUGUGCAAACUUAAUAGAGUGAUAGUCCAGGUCCAAAAUCUUCAAUUCUUUAGAUAUGUAGAAGUUCCUGAUCAUCCUUGCGAAAUUGCUAUUUUGGAUGGUUACAAUACUUUACAAACACUCAAGCUCACUGGUGCCAGUAUCACAGACCAACAGUUUCGAGAUGUUCCCAAACAUUUCAGAAUUGGAUCUAACAUUAUGCUUUAA